GCUUCGUAACAGGGGAACCGAGUUAGGAGUUCAGCCACAGCAAAGCAAAACCAGAGGACAGGAAAGGGGAAAAUUAAAAAAAUCCCUUUCAGCUCCAAGUUCCACAGCUAUCCCAAGUCCGUCACAUAACAGAAGUUUUAUUUUCAUGAGAGAAAGAAGCAUUUCUUCGGAAACACUGAACACGGAUGGAUCUGGGCAGGGACCACACCAAACUGAGGGCCAGCCAGUAAGGAUACACAAUAAAUCCUUGCAUGCACCUGAAGCUGAAAUCCUGAAGAAAGCACCAGCUACUGCAUGAACUGCAAAUGAGAACAGGGCUGAAAUGUGUUUUCACAUAAAAGGAUUGUUCCGAUUUCACAACUAUAAAUCAUGUUGGCAAAAAAGCUGGUGACGGCGCAGAAGCGAGGGGAGACAAGAGCCCUCUGCCUGGGACUGGGAAUGGUCACAUGCUCCAUGAUGAUGUACUUUUUUAUUGGGAUCACCAUCGUGCCCUUCUACACUAAAAGUGUUUGGACAACAGAAACUGUGUGCAAGUUACUCAAAGCCAACAUCAAGGACAAAGUUCCCUGCCCAAACGGUGAAGGCUCAGAGGAGGAGGAGGAGAUCUUUUCUUAUCCCUGUCUGCAGGUGUGGGUUAAUCUGACAGCUUCAGGACAAGAGGUUAUGCUGUACCACACUGAAGAUACAUUGGAAAGAAAUCCUAAGUGCUCGUACGUCCCAGGCAAGUCGGAGAACUCUAAGGAAGUCAAAGCACGAAUAGAAACAAUUGCAAGCAAUUUCAAAAAAUACCAGACUUUCCCGUGCUACUACGACCCAGGAGGAACACAGACCAAUGUCAUUUUAAGCAGACUUUAUCCCCUGAAAGGCCUCCUCUUUCUUUUCCUUUGGCCUACACUCAUGUUUACUGGUGGAUGUCUGAUUAUUGUUCUAGUAAAAAUUAGUCAGUACUUUUCUGCUCUUUCUGCUUGGCAGUAGAGAAUAAAUAUCUACUAUAGAUUGCUACAAGAUAUUCAAGUGCCUUUGUUCUGCCUGCCUUUAUCUUCAGUUUCUGACUUUUAAUAUACCAUGUUUCAGUCCAAGGGCAGGCAUUCAGAAACAGAAUAGCACCCCUUACAGAUGGCAACCCAUUACAUGAGGACAAAAUAUAAAAUAGAUUCCCAGGAAUGCCUGAAAAUACCUCAUAAGAACACAGACUGAGCUGCUAUUCUGUUGUUUCCUUGGGUUCUCUAAGGUAGAAUUGCUUUCUGGAACUACAAUUCAAGUUUACAACUAAAUAUUUUAGACAAGAUCCUAAUUUUCUUUCUGGUUGAGUCCCGCUGCUGCCAUAUACAUCAUUACUUGGCAGACGCACUCUUUAUAUACCUUGUUACUGGUACAGUAGGUAUUCAUGGCAUACUCUUCUUGAUUGUUGAGAAAUGAAGUGUUGUUAAAGUCCAAAGAGAUUUGUAAUCAUGGAUCUCACCGCUUUUGGGAAAGGGGAAUGAGAUUACAAAGUGCACUCUAAACAUCUAACACUAAUUGUAUAUAAGGAAAUAUAUGCAUAAAGCAUAGGGUAUGGUAAAGAAGUUUAUGUAGAGGUAAUUUUUUUUUUAUUUAGCUGAAAUCUUAGCUUUGCUUUACUUUGAAACAAAUGUACCACUUAAGGAAGGCUGCCUGCCUGCCAUUUGCCUGUAUUAAACAACUCUAAAGAAAAGAAAGUCAUGGUAUAAAGAAGAUAACUCUUUAGUACAAAAUAUCCAUGAUGGUUUAAUAAAUACACUAAUCUAACAUAACCACGGAAGUUUGCGUGCUUAGCACAGAGAUAAUUCACAACAGAGACAUGUUUAUCUCAAGCGCCGAGACUCUUAAGAAUGCUCUGCUGCAUGUAUAGACAAGUCUUCUCUUCCCUGAAACAGCUCUGUUUCUCUGGGCCAAUUUUCCAAUUGCUGCUGGACACAGAAGGAACACAAGAUACUUCCUUCAUGCUAUAUUUGACUGGGACUUGGGACAAAAAAAGUACAAGCUUUUUCAUCACACAGUUGAUGAACCACUUAGUAACCAUGAGUCAAAAUUUCCGGGCUUAAAUACAAAUUUAAACUCAUUACAUUGUAGUGGAAAGAAAUUAUUUUCAUUGAUGUGUUACAAUUCUCUAUCACUUCUUUUAAUGGAUUAAUAUUUCAACUUUCCUCUUUUUAUGUGCAUUUUUUCAACAUUACUAAUGAAAGUGUCAGAAUUUGCUUUUCAUCAUGAUCAGCAAAUCAAAAUUAGACCAGGAGAACACAAAACAGCAGUUACUAACAUCAGCAAGACUUGUUUAACAUGCAACUUCAUACCUGUUGAAGCUAACGCAUUGUACUGGUACCAGAGGAGGUGAACAAACUAGCUGCAAAUAGACAGGUUGAUUUAACAAGCUCUUUCAAAGCUUUACUCCACAUUUUGCUUUUCAGCAGUUAAAAAGGAGUCUACAGUUUGCAAACUAGAACUUGCUCAUGACUAUACUCAGUCCAGUAAAUCAAUAUCUCUGCCACCUCUC